AUGAAAUUAUUCACAGCACUAUUUUGUUUCACUGCUUUAGUAGUCGUCUUCGCUGAAGGACAUCAGGGUGGUCCAGGUGAACCAGUAUUUGGUGGUCCAGAAGGGUCAGGGGAGCCAGAUGCACCUGUUGGCCCAGGAGGUCCCCCUGGUGGUACUCCUGGCGGCGGUCCUGUACCUCCACCUCCACCUCCAGCCUGCAGCUCACCUCCUCCACCCCCAGACGCAAGCUCACCUCCCUCACCUCCACCAGAAUCAUCCUCGGCACCCUCUUCACCGGCGGCUGAAUAA